AUGACGAUGGAGAAGACAACCAGAAAAGCGAUCAAGAAACUGAAGAACAGAUGUGAAGGUGAUCCUCCACUUGAAUCAGGCCUAGCAGCAAACUCAUCACAACAGUCAAAGAAGAGAACAAGAGAUGCAGGAGAAGUGAUCCAUGCAUGCACUGAAUGUGGUAAGAACUUCUGGUCUCGGAAAGCUGUUUAUGGUCAUAUGAGACUUCAUCCAGACAGGGCUUGGCGUGGUAUCAACCCUCCUGAUGAUGCUGAUGCUGGGAGUUUGCCGAAGAAGGAGAAGGAUGUGGCUGCAUCGCUUGUUUUGCUUUCUGGAGAUGUGGAUGCUGCUUCUCCGUAUCAGUGUUCAAGAGAGGGAGAAGGUGGUAGUGGUGGUGCUGGUGCUGGUGUUGUGGUUGACCGUGUGGAGGAGGAGGAGGAGGAGGAGCAGGAGAAGAAGCCGGUUUUGGACUUGGACUUUGAACCUUCCCGCUCCGGAAGAGGAUGA